AUGGAGGUCCCUGAAGGAACAGUGGUGGGUACAGAACAAGAUGGAUUCAUGCUGGUUAGGGUACAUGGCAUCCACGACCCUCUGAGGGUUCCGGAUUCAACCCUCGAGCGGGUCAGCUUUGGGUUGGCUGCGGGUGAUUGGGUUCGACUCAAGGAAGGAGAAAUGAACCACCACUCCACUGUCGGUAUUCUGCAUUCAAUAACCCGGGAUGGCAGAGUCUCUGUUGGCUUUAUAGGACUGGACACUUUCUGGAAGGGGAAUUCAUCACAGCUUCAGAUGGCAGAAUCCUACUUCGUGGGUCAGUUCGUGAGGCUAACAGCAAACGUCCUAAGUCCAAAAUUCGAAUGGCCUCGUAGUACCACAGGUGGGGUCUGGGCUGCGGGGAAGAUCCAGUGGAUUCUUCCCAAUGGCUGCCUGGUGGUGAAGUUUCCAUGA